AUGGAUAUGGUUGAAGUUGUUCCGGACCCGAGCUUGUUUGCGGAAGCGAUUGGCGGUACUCUGCAGUACAUCGUUCGAGCAAUUUCAUUCAUUCCGCGCAUUAGUGCGUCCAUGAAUAUCACUGUCGAGAAUUCUACUGUUCCAUUUUCCGAAGCGAUGAAAUCGGAUCAGGAUCUUUAUAUUCUCCAAGGAGACAUAGUGACGAGUUUAUCUUUGAUGGAAGAAGAGAUGGACGAUGCUGUGCGGAAGUGGACGGAGCCCUUUGCCCACAUUCUAUCCUGUCAUGACUGGAAGAAAUUCGUUCUGGAAUAUCUCAGGGCUUCGCCGAGUAUUCAAGCUUUGAUAGGCGAUGUUUCCAGGUAUCAUGAUCAAUGGAAAGUGUUGGAUGGAACAGACCCAAUGGUAACUGUCCUUCCAUUCCUGACCUUGGAUUUCGGACCAUUGAAAAAGUUUCUUCUGACGGUCGUCGAUGAUCUUCGAGUUGGUUUAUGCGAUCAACUCCACGGUCUAGCAUUUGAACGGAUGGCAAUAGCGAAAGCGAUCGACAAGCAGCAGUCUGGUGGAGAAAAUAUUCGCGGGUAUGUCUACAUGUCUCUGCCUGAAAUUCCGCAACGUCCAAAACACCCCAGAGAUGAAAACAGAAUCCUGUUGCCUUGGCUUAGUACUCUCUCAGAUCCAAACCGACGCAGAAUCUAUGAGGAGGCUGUCAACGAGAAAGACUGGAGGAAGAGGUGCAAGGUGGACUACAUCAACGUUGAUGAAAUAAAUGACUCAUUUGGUCAUUUAUAUCGUCCCUCGAAUCAAUCUUGCAUACUUGACCUAUCCAGAGAGGACUUUAGUGAUACGUUUUUCCAAUGCAUGGAUUGGAAUCCUGUGAAAACGGAGUACUGCGGGUUCACCAUGUCAUCUGACGGGAUCUGCAUGAGGGAGGUUGGGAUUGAGGAGAGCAUCCCUAGUUUUGUUUGUCUCACCAUACUUGAUGGCUGUGUCCCAAUCAAUUGGAUAAGUACUGAUGCCAAGUACGUCCUAUGGCCUUCGCCAGAAGCAGUAGUUACCUGUGCAGUUACAGGAAAAGAAGUACUAUGGAAUUCUCUGAAGCCAGUCAGUGAAAGGAGGUUGACUGCCUUUCCAAUAGCUGAUCCUCUACAAAUGGUGGAGUAUCGCAUAGGAAACAUAUGGUGCAGUGGACGAAUAGAAGUCAAGUGA